AUGGCUGGAAUGUGGCCUAUUGACGAGAAAAGUUCGACAUGCAGCAAAGUAUUUGCAUAUUUUCGCUUGAUAUUUGGAUUAACGGCAGUUAGUAGCAUCUUAGUGCCCGAAAUUAUGGCCAUAGUGUCAAAUUGGGGCGAUAUAAAUAUCCUAGCGGGAGUAGGAUGUGUUUUAACAACAGUGGAACAAGUGUGGUUCAAAAUGAUUUAUCUAAUAGCGAGACGAGAAAGGACAUACAGACUUUACAACGAAAUACGUGCACUGUGGGAUUCUUCCAGCAUUCCUAAAGAAAAACAACCUUAUGUAAAAAUUGCUUAUUGGGCACGAAUUAUUACAAUAGUUUUUUAUUCGUCCUGCAUGUGCAAUGUGUUCACCUUUACGAUUGCUUCAGCAAUCGAUUACUUCAGUUUCGAAUACAACAUCAGUAACACUGAUAAUAAACGAAAUUUACCUUUUACUGUUUGGUAUGGAACGGACAUCUCUGCAUCCCCUACCUUCGAAAUCGCUUUUGUUUGCCAAGUUAUAUCAUCAAUGAUUUGUGCUGCUGUAAUUUCCGGCUUAGAUGCUUCGUUUAUGACCACCAUUUUGCAUGUAUCUGCACAAUUUAAAUUAAUCAGCACCUGGAUUAAUAAUAUCGGAAUUGAAGUCAAUCACGAUCCUGAUCAUACGCAAAAGUUCAAAAUGGAAUUAAUCAAAUGCAUUCGCCAUCAUCAACGAAUGAUACAUGUGGUGAAUAAUGUAAAUAAUUUAUUAACCCCGAUCAUUUUCAUGCAACUUCUUACGAGCGGAAUGGAAAUUUGUUUAAGUAGUUAUGCAAUACUCGACAACGGGACAACAAAUGCUAACCUGCUAAAAUUUAUAUCUUAUUUCAUUUCCAUGGGGGUACAACUCCUAUUAUGGUGUUGGCCAGGUGAAAUUCUUGUCCAAGAAAGUCAAAAUAUAGGACAUGCAAUCUAUUUCAAUAUACCAUGGUACAAUUUGCCGCCGAUUUAUCGAAAAUAUCUUUGCUUUAUGAUUGUUAGGGCGCAACAAUGCUGCAUGAUUACAGCAUUAACUUUCCAAACACUGUCUAUUCAUACGCUAUCAAUGGUAUUCAACAAAGCUGCCUCGUAUUUUACUUUAUUACGGCAAAUACAACAAAAAUAA